AUGGCUGCUACAACAGACACGAGGCCGCUCAAUGCGAGUGGUACUUACACACGAACUUCAGCCCAUGAACUGGAGGACCGCCAGCUGUCGAUCGACAACAUCAUGUCGCAAGCAUGGAAAUCAUGGCCUAAUGAAGCUGGCUUUGUGGGCCUGAACGAAGUCCGCGGCCCUGUCGCCUUGAAAGUCUCGGGCACAAUUCCUCCAUGGACGGCGGGAACACUGUACCGCACUGGCCCUGGCGAAUCCCAGAUCGAAACCGCAACCCGCGGGACGCAUUACGUAUCCCACUGGUUCGACGGCAUAGCCCAGACGCACAAGUUCAGCAUCGCCGCGUCGCCUUCUGGCGACGUGAGCGUUGACUACUCGAGUUGCCUCCAGGGCAAAAAGCUCAUCGAGGACAUCAAGAAACGCGGCUGGCGCGCCUGUAGCACGUUUGCUCAGAAAGUCGAUCCUUGCAUUGGCAUCUAUGCGAAGAUGCAAGCAGUGUACAAGCCCCUGGGGACCGAUCACAACGUCGUCGUAGAGCGCAACCUCCCGGGCCUGUUUGAGUCUGCCUCCCGGACUGAUCCCACAACAAAGACAGAGAACCUUUUUGUUUUCACAGAUCAAUCUACUAUGCGCCAGAUCGAUCCAAUCACACUCGAACCGCUGGAGCUACGCGCCCAAGCCGAGAUGAAUCCGAAGCUCAAUGGACAGCUUGGCUGCGCGCACUCGCAACGAGAUCCAGAGAAUGGCGACCUUUUCAACUACAAUCUCCUGCUAGGACCGAAAGUUACCUAUCGCAUUUUUCGUGCGUCCGCGCAGACAGGCAAGACAGACAUCCUGGCUACGGUGUCGCUGCCCGAUAUCAAACCGGCAUACAUCCACAGCAUGUUCCUCACCAAGAAUUUUGUGGUUCUGUGUAUACCAUGCACGCACUUUGGCUGGAACGGCGUGAAAAUACCGUGGGAGAGGAACGUGGCCGAUGCAAUCUUGCCCUUUUCCGAGAGCAGAAAGUCCCAAUGGCUCGUUGUCGACCGACGGCGCGGAAAGGGACUCGUCGCCAGGUUCACCACGCCUGCUGGUUUCUUUUUCCACUCCAUCAACGCUUUUGAGGAAGAGGUUGAAGGAAAGCGCACGCUUUAUUUUGACGCGGUGUGGUAUGCGAAUCACGACAUGAUUUCCGCCUUUUACUACGACGUGAUCAUGGACCGCCACGAAGCGACACAGAAGCACUGGGUUGCCCAGGAGGCGUACAAAUCAUGUCACCAGCAUCUUCGACGAUAUUCAUAUACUCUCCCCGAGGAUAGAAACGUUGUUGGGGAGGGAGACCUUGUGUUUGAUAUCCCCGGUCCGCAUGUGGGCGAGCUCCCCACCAUCAACCAGCUGAUGAGCACAAGGCAGCAACGCUAUGUAUACAGCAAUGCGAUCAGAGGUUUGAGCACCUUUAUGGAUUGCAUUGUCAAGACGGACUUGGUGACUAGGGAGGUAAAAUACUGGGCUGGCCCCGAGACACACACGCCAGGGGAAGCCAUAUUUGUCCCCCGUCCGAGGGGAGAGAACCUUCAGGGCCAAGAAUGUAAGGAAGGUGCGGGAGCCGGGGACGAGGACGAUGGCGUAUUGUUGAGCGUCGUGCUUGAUGGACAAGGGAAGCGAAGCUACCUGCUAGUUCUCGAUGCCAAGACGAUGAAGGAGGUUGGGCGCGCAGAGUGCGAGUUUCCCGUGGGCAUUGGAUUUCACGGACUCCAUGCUGUCGCAGUUUAG